AUGGCAUGUUCAAGCAAAUUUAUUAGUAGGCUUAAGAUGGAGGGUUAUAAUACAACUGUUAUUCAUAAUUCAUCGGUUACUUCUAUUGAGGAGAAGAAAGGUGGACUUGAACCUCGUACUUCUGCAACCAAUGAAUUUUGUGACUGGAUGGAAGAUAAUUCUCUUUUUGAAGUGGAUGCUUUGGGGAAUAAUUUUACUUGGUCUAAUUGUCAAACGGUUGCUCGUAGAAUCAUCAUUUUAAAACCUCGUCGAGCUCCUUUAAGGGUUCAAAAGAUGUGGUUUCUUCAUAAUGAUUUCAUGAGAAUGGUUAAAGAUAGUCGUGGAGUGCCAGUUCAUGGUUCUCCGGACUUUGUCUUUCCUUUCAAAUUGAAACGCUUAAAAGCUGUAAUGAAAGAGUGGAAUCUGUCAGUUUUUGGCAAUGAGACGCGUCUUCAGCAUAAUACGUUGAUCAAACAAAAGUCCAGGAACACUUGGCUUGUGGAGGGAGCAAGUAAUACUGCUUUCUUUCAUAAUAACAUUCGUAUUCGUCAAGGUAAUAAUAAUAUUUCUGAAUUUAUUGAUGAGAAUGUAUCUCAACUGUUGAAAGUUCUCAAAAUGGACGCUAUUCCUUCUCCGGAAGAGAUUAAAGAUGCAGUUUUUAACUUGAAUGUUGAUGGUGCUCCGGGCCCGGAUGGUUUUUCGGGUUGUUUCUAUAGACAUUAUUGGGAGAUUAUUGCUGACGACUUGAUUAAUGCUAUAGUUUACUAUUGGAAUUUGAAGUGCAUCCCUAAUGGUGUAGCCUUAUUACUCUCCUUGCCAAGGGUUUUGGAUAACUUGGUUUCUGAAGAACAUGUAGCUUUUAUAAAGGACCGUAAUAUCCAUGAAAAUAUUAGUGUCGCUUCAGAGAUGGUUGAUGAACUUCAUAUCAAACGGAAGGAUGGAAACAUUAGUCUGAAACUUGAUAUUACUCAAGCUUUUGAUACAGUUAGUUGGUUUUUCGUUUUGGAGGUCUUUCGUCCGUAUGGUUUAUCGGAGGAUUGGUGUUUAUGGAUUAUUGGUGUUUAUGGAUUCUCAAUAUCUUACAAUCAACGAGAAUUUCUAUUCUUUUGA